GGGGGAAGGGCCGCUAGCAGGCUAAGGAGCCUAGGGGCGGGGUGGGAAGGAGGAUCGGCCAACCCCGGGGUGUGGGACUGAGAGUGCGUGCGUGAGGAGUGUGGGGCCGACCAGGAAGGUGGCGAAGGGCGGAGAGUCCGGGUGGGAGGCGGGAGGGGUCUCGCGGGCGCGGAGCGCGGCGGGUGGCGGGCCGGGGGCGAGGGUGGCGGCUCCCUCCGGACCCGGCGCGGGCGGCGCGAUGCGGCGGGUCACGCUGUUCUUGAACGGCAGCCCAAGGAACGGCAAGGUGGUUGCUGUAUAUGGAACUUUGUCUGAUUUGCUUUCAGUGGCCAGCAGUAAACUCGGCAUAAAAGCCACCAGUGUAUAUAAUGGGAAAGGUGGACUGAUUGAUGAUAUUGCUUUGAUCAGGGAUGAUGAUGUGUUGUUUGUGUGUGAAGGAGAACCAUUUAUUGAUCCUCAGACAGAUUCUAAACCACCUGGAGGAUUACUAGGAUCCCACACAGACUGGUUAACAUUAAAUGUAGGAGGGCGAUACUUUACAACAACAAGCGUAUCCUACCAGGUUGUAGCAUGCAUCUCUUUGAGAGAACAGCUGAACUCAAGUAUACUCUUGACUUAAAUAUGUUUGUUUAUAAAGACACAUGGAGAAAUCAAUUUUUUUCCCUGAAUUCUUAGGAGCACUUUAGUGAAUAAAGAGCCCGACAGUAUGCUGGCGCACAUGUUCAAGGACAAAGGUGUCUGGGGAAAUAAGCAAGAUCAUAGAGGAGCUUUCUUAAUUGACCGAAGUCCUGAGUACUUUGAACCCAUUUUGAACUAUUUGCGUCAUGGACAGCUCAUUGUGAACGAUGGCAUUAACUUAUUGGGUGUACUAGAAGAAGCCAGGUUUUUUGGUAUUGACUCACUGAUUGAACACCUAGAAGUGGCCAUAAAGAAUUCCCAACCACCAGAGGAUCAUUCACCAAUAUCCCGAAAGGAAUUUGUUCGAUUUCUGCUGGCCACUCCAACCAAGUCAGAGCUGCGCUGCCAGGGCCUAAACUUCAGUGGUGCUGAUCUUUCCCGUUUGGACCUUCGAUACAUAAACUUCAAAAUGGCCAAUUUAAGCCGCUGCAACCUCGCACACGCAAAUCUCUGCUGUGCUAAUCUUGAACGAGCUGAUCUUUCUGGAUCAGUGCUCGACUGUGCAAAUCUCCAGGGCGUCAAGAUGCUCUGCUCAAACGCAGAAGGCGCAUCCCUGAGGCUAUGUAAUUUCGAGGAUCCUUCCGGUCUUAAAGCCAACUUAGAGGGUGCUAAUCUGAAAGGCGUGGAUAUGGAAGGAAGUCAGAUGACAGGAAUAAACCUUCGAGUUGCCACCUUAAAAAACGCAAAACUGAAGAACUGUAAUCUCAGAGGGGCAACUUUGGCAGGAACCGACUUGGAGAACUGUGAUUUGUCGGGGUGUGACCUCCAGGAAGCCAACCUGAGAGGUUCCAACGUGAAGGGUGCCAUAUUUGAAGAGAUGCUGACACCAUUACAUAUGUCCCAGAGUGUCAGAUGAGAGCGGCAAGAGCUGGAGGAAGAGGUCCCUGAUGAAAAGCUGUUCUCAUUUUCUUUCUCCAUCCAUCGAGUUGUCCAGAGGAGAUACCAUUGUAAGGGAAUUUGCGGCAAAUGCCUGUUCCCAGAGGUGCAUAAGGGGAAACGAUUGAGUGUCCCCGCAUUGUGACUGUGACAGAAGAACACUCUGUUUAUAGAUGUAGGGAAGUAGAUCAUGCUGCUGCAUUUCCAGUGGAGGUGGGGCAUUUGUCUGGUUUCUGACCAGGAGUAGUAUCUAUUAUAUUUGCUUUUAUAUAGGCAUUGUGUGGAAGUACCAUCUUGGUUUAAGAUGCAUUUGAGAAUUUUAAUUUAUGAAAAGCACAAUAUAUGCAAAUAUAUUUAUUGAACACCUAGAUGCAGUAAGGAUGUUUAAAUUGUUAAACGUCUUGAAAACUGAAGAGUUGUUCAGGUUUAUAAAUAGCUUUAGUGAUGCCUUCCCUCUUCAGAUCCCUAUCAUCAUGCAAGUGUGGUGAGGGUAAGACUCCCUAUGGCUCUUUCCUGAUUCAUUUCUGUAAUGUUUACUUUUUAAGAAAAAAAAAAACAAAACCAGUAGCUAAACUUGAGUCAUAUUCUGUCCUCAAAUUUUGAGACAGGAUGGAAGGAAAGACCUCAUAAAUCAUUCUGCAGGAGGAGGACGGAUCCACCAGUUGCUGCAGCUGGGCAUGCUGCAGCUGUGCAUGCCGCAGCUGUGCAUGCCUCAGCUUAGGGCGAGUUCCAUUCUGCACCAGAUUAGGCUGCUCUGUCCAUUCCCUAGUCGAGUUCUCAUGCUCAGUUAUCGCAAGCAUAGGAAGAUACUUCUGAACCAAAACACCGAGCUGUAUCCUCAGCACAGUUCAUGUAGUGCCAAGUAGUUUAUACAGGACCAGCUUAAAAUAGAUGUUCAAUCUAAAGCCACUGCAGUUGGGGCUAUAAAGUAUGAGUAAAUCCUGCAGAGUCCCCUAUGAGAAGGCAAUAUCAGAUAAUUACAGCUAAAAUCCUACAGUGGGGACUAAGGAAUUCUAAACUGAUGGUCUGAUUGUAGCCACCAAAAAAAUUGAUGACUAAAAAUUAAGCAUUUGACUAGUAUAAGCAGCAUUAUCAAUCAGUUGGUAACUGUGGCUCUUAAUUAAAUUUUUUUUUCCUGUUGUCUUGUUUGUAAGUGAAAUUUUAGUCCAGUUUUCUUGUGCAACAACAGCAGUAGGGCCUUCUUAGUGGGUGUCCCGUGUCCUUAUGUGUUUUCUAAGAGCAGGGAUAGAAGCUGUGUCCAAAUGGGUUCUAAAGCCUACAGACUGGUCAGCUUGAGGUAGUGAAUCAUCACAGGUGACCUUGUCUCCUUCAGGAGAGUGGCAUGUCUUCAUUAUUCUGUAGCUUAUUCUUCUAUCUACAUAUGCAAAGCUUUCCUUCACAGUAAAGGGCUCACAUGCACAGUGGGAGGAGAGUGCUCCUUUACAGGGAAAGGAAAGCAACUUUGAAAAUGAAUUAUUUUCUUUGCAUUAUUAUUUUUACCAAGACAGAGAAGUAUUGUAUUGAGAGAUACCUAUUUUCAUAAUCAAUAUGUGCCUAAAUUAUAUUUAACUCAUUUCACUGCACUCUAUUUUCAAUAAUUAUAGACUGUGUUCAUUCACUGAAUGGUCCUCUGCAGACAGACCUGAGACUGCAGAAGCAGCUGAAAGAUGUACACACAGUAUGCUUGGGAACUGCAGGGUUCGGAUCUGAUGUAAACUGCAUUAAUAAACGGUGUGGAACGCUGA